GGGAGCACGGACGUGUCUCGGCGCUGACGUGUCGUUCGGACCCCGUAAGGCGACUUUCUUCCUGAGCGAAGCGGCCGGCGGCGAAGCUCCGGACCGAGACUGAGAGCUUUCUUCUUUCCCUUUGCCCCCGCAACAGCACGGGAAUCCCAGCCGGCACCGACAAUUGAGCAGCCAUGGGCAUAAAAUUCCUUGAAGUUAUCAAGCCGUUCUGUGCUGUGUUACCAGAAAUCCAAAAACCAGAAAGAAAGAUUCAGUUCAGAGAAAAAGUAUUAUGGACAGCCAUUACACUCUUCAUCUUCUUGGUCUGUUGCCAGAUUCCUCUAUUUGGCAUCAUGUCCUCAGAUUCUGCAGAUCCUUUCUACUGGAUGAGAGUUAUAUUAGCUUCAAACAGAGGCACAUUGAUGGAACUUGGUAUCUCACCAAUUGUUACCUCUGGUCUCAUAAUGCAGCUUCUGGCAGGUGCGAAGAUAAUUGAAGUUGGUGACACUCCCAAAGAUCGAGCUCUCUUUAAUGGAGCACAAAAACUUUUUGGUAUGAUCAUCACGAUCGGACAAGCAAUCGUAUACGUCAUGACGGGCAUGUAUGGAGAUCCAUCAGAAAUGGGAGCUGGCAUCUGUCUCUUGAUCAUAAUUCAGUUGUUUGUAGCAGGUCUGAUCGUCCUGCUGCUGGAUGAGCUGCUGCAGAAAGGUUAUGGCCUGGGCUCUGGCAUUUCCCUCUUCAUUGCCACCAACAUCUGUGAGACCAUCGUAUGGAAAGCUUUCAGUCCCACUACAGUGAACACUGGUAGAGGGACUGAAUUUGAGGGGUCAAUCAUUGCCCUCUUCCAUCUCCUGGCCACAAGACAGGACAAAGUCCGUGCUCUUCGUGAAGCCUUUUACCGUCAGAACCUGCCAAACCUCAUGAAUCUCAUUGCAACCAUCUUUGUCUUUGCUGUAGUGAUAUACUUUCAGGGCUUCAGAGUGGAUCUGCCAAUCAAGUCUGCUCGCUACCGUGGACAGUACAAUACCUAUCCCAUCAAGCUUUUCUACACAUCGAACAUUCCUAUCAUCCUUCAAUCUGCCCUGGUCUCCAACCUGUACGUCAUCUCCCAGAUGUUGUCUACAAGAUUCAGUGGCAAUUUCCUGGUCAACCUGCUGGGCACCUGGUCUGAUAACACAGGUGGUGGUCCGGCACGCGCAUAUCCUGUUGGUGGUCUGUGCUAUUACCUGUCUCCUCCUGAGUCAUUCGGCUCAGUGCUGGAUGACCCUGUGCACGCUGUGAUUUACAUCGUCUUCAUGUUGGGCUCCUGUGCUUUCUUCUCCAAAACCUGGAUUGAAGUAUCUGGUUCUUCUGCCAAGGACGUUGCCAAGCAACUAAAAGAACAGCAGAUGGUGAUGAGAGGGCACCGUGAGACUUCAAUGGUCCAUGAGCUUAACAGAUAUAUUCCCACUGCUGCUGCUUUUGGUGGUCUUUGCAUCGGUGCACUCUCUGUACUUGCUGACUUUCUGGGGGCGAUUGGGUCUGGGACUGGUAUCUUGUUGGCUGUGACCAUCAUUUACCAGUACUUUGAGAUCUUCGUGAAAGAACAAAGUGAAGUGGGAAGCAUGGGAGCUCUGCUGUUCUAAUGGCGUGGAGCAUCUCCGUUCCCGAGUAUAUUCAUGAUUGAAGCCAGAGAAAUUUCAGAAUUAUCACAGCAGAGAUUGUCUUCAACCUUUUUUCACCUACCAUUGCCCUUCCUUUUACACAGGAGAGCUUGUGUGGCUUCUGGGUGGCAAAGGUUAAUUUGUUUUUUUCAUUUUUUUGGCACUGUGUGCUAAAAAGCAAAUUGUGGCAUCUGUUUAAUUAUGGUUAAAAGCACAAAUGACCACCAUACGAAGAGUGUUCUUUGUGUGAGUGUUGUAUUGAUGUGUCAUUUACUUCCACCAACCCCCCCACCCCCCAAUUGAAAGGGGGAACAAACGCCUGGGGUGAAUUUGUUUUAUAUAUAUUUAAACAAAAACUGUACUAAUAGUUAUUAAAUCUGACAAACCAGGAAUAUUUUCUGGUUUUCUGCUGGUUCAAGCUCUGGUAAACCUCGUUUCUGAGCUUAAACACUGUGGUAGACCUUGGUACAGCUGACCCAGUUAGGGGCGGAGAAGAUGGUGAGGGUGACUUCUGUUAACAAUUCUGAGAAAAGUGUGUCAAGAAAAGAUCUAGAGUUGUGCUGUGCCCUACCGGAAUAAUCAGCUAACUAAGAUGGACUCUGAGUGGCUACCGUGUGAUGUUUCAAUGGCAAAGUUACUUAUUCCCAGGGUGAUUUCCCACGCCCGUCAUGUGUGGAGAUAGAGGCCAUCUACUGCUUUGUAGGUGCCAGUACAUGCGCUAAACUCUGUAGGUUCUAAUGGCUGAAUUUUUUUCCCAGCAAAUUUAUUGAAAGUAUGGGUUAACUUUGUCCAUAGCCCAGCGGUUUUGGAGAGUCUGAGCCUGCUUGUAGAUUAACUUCAUUUAAUUACUCUAAAUCACAGGCUUUUUCCCUCAGUGUUAGGCUGAAUAAAUUAAGAGUUUCCAUGUGUCUACAGGGUGAGUCUGGAGCAAGUAUUCGGCAGCUGAGGGCAUGAAAAUGUGUACCUUUUCCCCUUCACUGUCUUCUGUUCAGUUGUGUAGUUAUGUCUUCCAUAACUGGGACACUUCUUUCUCUGGCUCCCUAACCCAGAGUAGGCACGGGAGUGCAGGAUGCUUAUAGAAAGGCAGGUGAGAGAAGUGCACGUGGUAUUACUGAGUUAAUUUUACAGUGUUGGCCCUCGGUGCCUCCCUGCUCCUACCAGUAGAAAUUCCAUGAGUUGUACAGAGUCCUCACACGUUCAGAAGAAACUGACGUCCCUCUGCUGUGCUGAUAUUUCAAUGCCUUCUCUUGCUGAGUGUAAUAUGUUUCAGGAUUUCUUUCUAUAAGUUCUCGGUUCCAGUUUGGAAUAAAUGGAAUUUCUAUGCA